AUGGCAAUUUCGAACAAAGGUUUGUCGGCGCCGUACAUUCGGCCAAUUGGAGGUCCAGCAGUCAAUUCCGAUGUUUAUAUCGCCAACUGCUUGCCCAAAUUGAAAGAUUUUAUCGAUGCGCAUCAUUCAAAUGAAAAUUACAUCUUUUGGCCGGACUUAGCAAGUUGCCAUUACUCAAAGAAGACGUUAGCGUGGUUGAAUGGCCAAAACAUACCUGUCGUACCGAAGGAUGCCAACCCGCCAAACGUGCCCGCAGCGCGUCCGAUCGAAAAUUUUUGGGCUUUGCUGACUCGUUUGGUGUACGAUAGAGGCUGGGAAGCCAAAACCGAGCACCAGUUGAUUAACAGAAUCAAUCGAAAAUUGAAAGAAGUCGAUCAAAAUGUCGUCCAGGCCAUGAUGGCAAGUAUUCGGCCAACAUUAAGAAAAAUCGAAGAUAAUGGUCCGCUGAGCGUACUUAAAUGUUAA